AUGUCUAUGUAUCCGCACCGCGGCUUGCCGCAAAAUGCGGCGCGUUUGAACGAGCUUCUCGAUCAGAUUCGCACGGAGUUUGAUAACCAAGUUCGAAUCAACGAAGGGUAUGAGCAACAAAUUCAACAACAAGUUCAAGAGGCCCAACUUAUUCGUGAGAAGGUCUAUCAGUUAGAGCAGCAACAUAUUAAUAUAAAAGCAAAGUACGAAGAGGAGAUGGUUUUACUUCGCCGCCAACUCGAGGCCGCGCGAGGAGGUGCCCCUCAACCUGCUAUACCUGGUCCGCCUCAACACGGCGGUCCAUCUGCGGGUCCUCCCCCUCCUUCGAUCGGUAUGGGAAACAACCUAUUUAGUGGAAUAAUGACCGGUCAGGGAGGCCAAGGUGGUGGUCUGCCACCCCAACCCAAUCCGCAGGAUCAGGCCCCUCCCGGGCCUCAGCAUCAAAUGCCACAGCCGCCCCCGGGUUUGCAAGGCCCGCCUCCGCCUCCACCUCCGCCAGCGCAACAGCCCCCCUUUCAGCAGCCUUACCAGGGUCCGGCUCCCGGCGGUUUCCCCGGACAGCCUCCCCAGAGCACUGCUUCACCCGGGCCAGGCAAGCGCGGUAUCGGUAGACCACCCGCCGGUGGCCCUGCUACUCCUCAGAUCAACACCCCGAUGCCCUAUGCUGGGCCCGGAGCCUCGCCGCAGGUAGCAAAUCACCCGACACCUGACCAUAGAGCUCUGCCACCUCACCCUGGCCCGAUGGUCAACAACGCUCUUGGUGAUUUAGAUGUCGAACGCCUCCCGGCGCACGUCAAGAAGACUCGAGACGAUUGGUUUGUGAUCUUCAACCAACACGUUCCGCGCAUGCUCGAUGUCGAUCUGGUUCAUACCUUAAACCACGAAAGUGUUGUGUGUUGUGUUAGGUUUAGCCACGACGGCAAGUAUGUGGCAACUGGUUGCAAUAGAUCCGCCCAAAUUUAUGACGUUGCGACUGGCGAGAAGGUAUGCGUUCUCCAGGAUGAGAAUGUUGAUAUUAGUGGGGAUUUGUAUAUCCGUAGCGUGUGCUUCAGCCCCGAUGGCAAGUAUCUAGCUACCGGUGCCGAGGACAAGCUCAUUCGCGUCUGGGAUAUUGCCUCUCGUACGAUUCGUAAUACCUUUGCUGGUCAUGAACAAGACAUCUAUUCGUUGGACUUUGCUCGAGAUGGUCGAACCAUAGCUUCCGGUAGUGGCGAUAGGACUGUUCGACUAUGGGAUAUUGAGCAGGGUACAAACAUGCUUACCCUUUCUAUUGAAGAUGGUGUGACGACUGUCGCUAUCUCCCCUGAUACAAAGUAUGUUGCCGCGGGUUCGCUUGAUAAGAGCGUCCGCGUUUGGGACAUUCAUCAGGGAUACCUCCUGGAGCGGCUCGAAGGGCCGGAGGGCCACAAGGACAGCGUUUACUCUGUAGCAUUCUCUCCUAAUGGCAAGGACCUAGUAAGCGGAAGUCUAGAUAAGACUAUCAAGAUGUGGGAGUUAUCGACCCCCAGAGGAGGGGUGCAGAACCCGGGCCCUAAGGGAGGCCGAUGCGUCAAGACGUUUGAAGGACACAGAGAUUUCGUACUCAGCGUGGCGCUUACGCCCGAUGCCAACUGGGUCAUGUCUGGCUCCAAGGAUAGAGGUGUACAGUUCUGGGAUCCCCGAACUGGGUUUACUCAACUCAUGCUUCAAGGUCACAAGAAUUCAGUCAUCUCGGUGGCUCCUAGCCCUACAGGCGGUUACUUUGCAACGGGCUCUGGCGACAUGAGGGCGCGUAUCUGGUCUUAUCGCUCAAUAUCCUAG